CUGAAAAUGGAGGAGGACCAAGCUGCUGCGGCUUUCGAUAGUAGUGUUACAGAUUUUCACACGUAUGAAGACUUCUUAGACUCUCAGAUAACAUCACUUGACCUGUAUUACCUUGAGGACGAGGAGUUGGCCCGCCAGCUGGUGGAGCUGGGCUACCGGGGCAGCGGCAGCGUGCUGAAGAGGGAGGAAUUCGAGGCGAGGAAAGCGGCUGCCGAGGCCUUCAGACUCUCCAUGAGGAACCAGCAGAGGACCCUGGCAAGUGCAGGAAAAGAACUCAAAGAUAACUUCCUGAGAGCCCUGGCUGAGCGUGAGGAGGCCAACCGCAGCGGGAAAAUGACUUCCAUCAUUUUCAUAAGGGACCAAAAUUCUCUUGGACAGGAAAUAUCUGGGUAUAUAGACUACUCCCACAGACUCAGAUCCGAAGACUUCGAACCGUAUUUCAGCGGAAAGAAAAGGUUUUUACCAAAACCCACUGACUUAAGUUUCUACAAUUGGAAAACACAAGUAUCAGUAUCUAAUACCACUGCAAACUACCAGGUGAUUGCAGAGAACUCAACCAGUUUACUCUUCCAGAAUAGGAGAGACCGAAAAAUGGUGAAUGUUGACCCAAAGGCAUCACCUGGUGACAACUCAUCCAGAAGCCCCAUCCAGUCCGACCUCUAUAUGCACGUUGUCAUCUUUGACCACAUCACCAGAAUGAAAGUCUAGGCUGUUGACUGCAUCUGCAAUUAAAGCAUGGACAGCUUCUAAUUUCAUCGACAUAAAAGUUGUUUUAGUCCUGCAUCUUUUCACAUUCCUUGUAACAUGUGCAACAUCUGGAUGCUGGGACCGAUGCAAUGGUGGUCUGUUUGGACUUUGAAAUGAAGAAAAGAAUAAAAAAAAAGUUCAUUGUUUAGAUUCACCUAAUGGUUCUGGUCAUACAUGUGAACAAUUAAAGAAUAUACAAUGAGAUAUUGCUUUUGUUAGACCAAUAAUUCCAAUAUGGAAUUAAUCGCGCUCACCAUCUCCUCAUAUAUAUAGGAUGUGUCAUCCCUUGAAAGCACGAUUCCUUUUAGUUGUGUCGAGUCCUUUUAAAAUAGAGCUUGUCAUAAAGUCAUCUAAAUAGAAACCCAUGUCCAGUGUGAAGGAUGAUGGCAGGAGACAGAAAUCAUGUGAGGAUCGUAGAUUCAAAGAGAAGCCAUAUUUAUCUGGUAUGAAAUUGAAAUGCACAUAAAAGACAGUGUCUUCCUAGUUACUCGCCUUAGUUUUGCUAUUUAUAAAACCGACCAGUUUGCAGUUUUGCAACAUGUUGUGAUUCUUAAUAAAAUGUUGAUACAAAAUGUUUUGAUACAACAUAAAUUUGCAUAUCACUCAACUUUGCUCGGUCUUGCUGUUGAUCCAGAAACUUCAACCCAACAAUGAGAUCACAGCUUCUGUGUGAUAUUCUGGUUGUGUGAUGUAUUUUUUGUAAAACCGCUUAUAAAUUCUGUUUUGUUUGCAUAAAAUGCCCCCACCCCCCUUUGCAUUAUGAUGGAUAAUCCUUGCUUCAGUUUCAACUAAUAAGAGCUGUUG